AUGCCACCCCCAAAAUUAAGUAAGAGAGUCACCUGUAUCCAGGGAGUGAAGCUUACCGGCUCUCCCUCUAUCUGGGACAUCAAUAUCGAGUACGACUCGGGAUCCCCUCACGGCACAAUCUCGUCCAUCACCCCGCACGAGUCUUCCAGUGAAGAUAAGGCCCAGGCUCCCCUCGUGUUACCAGCAUUAACGCACCCACAUAUUCAUCUGGAUAAAGCAUACGUUCACAAUGCGCCGAACUAUGGACAUCUUCUACCUUGUACCGGUACCUUUUCAGAGGCUCUCUCUUUUACCACUAAGGCCAAGCAAAACUUUACCUAUCCGGACGUUCUAAAAAGAGGAGAAUGGUUACUAGCUGAAUCUGUUUCAUCUGGUGUUACAGCGAUGAGAGCUUUCGUGGAGGUUGAUCAUACUGUCCAGUUGACCUGCUUAGAUGCGGCGGUUACUUUGAAAGAUCAAUGGAGCGAGGCAUGUCAUAUCCAGAUUGCUUGCUUUGCGCAAGAUCCUGUCUUCUCUGGUGAACAUGGAGAAGAAAAUCGGCGUCUUAUCGAGAGCGCUCUUGGUGAUUAUUCACAUAUCGAUGUUCUAGGCACAACUCCUUACGUGGAAUCUAGUGCAGAGGCCUCGAAGCAAAAUAUCGAGUGGGCUAUUGAUUUCGCCUUGAAAUUCAACAAACAUGUCGAUUUUCAUCUGGAUUAUAAUUUAGAUCCUGCCAAAGAGCCAUUGAUAUGGCAUGUUUUACAUAUACUCCGUGAACGGGGCUGGACAAGUUGCUCGACACAGAAGCGUGUCAUGCUGGGACAUUGUACACGUCUAACGCUUCUCAAUGAGGCGGAAUGGCAAACGAUUUCUCGCCUGAUUCGGGAAAAUGAUCUCCCUGUCAGCUUCGUGGGUUUACCUACCAGUGAUCUAUACAUGGCUGCACCAGUGGGAGGAGGCAGCCCUCAUGAAAGAGCAAGGGGAACACUCCGGGUCCCUGAUAUGAUCCGGAAUCAUGGACUAGAUGCAACCAUUGGGAUCAAUAAUGUUGGUAAUGCUUUUACGCCGUGGGGGUCUGCUGACCCGCUAUUCCUAGCCUGUGUUGGGGUCGGAGUCUACCAAGCGGGGGCGCAGGACAGCGCUAGGCUUCUAUAUGAGUGUGUCUCCACGCGUGCUCGGGCAGCUAUUGGACUUUCGUCGGACGCUUCCAGCCCUACCUUGCGAGUAGGCGGAGACUCGGAUUUUAUUCUCUUCCAUGAUCGAGAUGAUACCGGGUGUGGAGUGUCCCGUCCGCGUACGAGUGUAGCCGAAGUGGUUUGGGAUCCACCGCAGCGGACAAGUCGGAGUGUGGUUGCAAAUGGGCGUGUACAGACUGUUAAUAUGGGAGAUUGUUCUAUGUUUAAAUUCGAGUGA